UUAUCCGCGAAAGGACCUGUUUCGGUGCCUGGCUGAGCGGCAGAAUUAGCACAAGUUUACAAUGAUUCACUCAUUUGUUACAGAUGCUGUUUUCUUAGAUUAGCUCCGAGCUGUGCUUUAGUUGAGGUCAGAACUUCUCCAGGUCAGCAUGAUAGACCCGUCGUCGUCAGACGAAGACGAAGUUGUCGACGGAGGCAGUAGCUCGUCUAACGGGAACGGAACUCAAGUUGGUACAUCAGUGACACAAAACCGUCUGGCUCCCGGUCCAAGUUUUGACACCGUCUCGUCAUACAGUGGAACGAGCGGCUUUGAGGGAUUCUUUCAGCCACAUUCACGUUCGCCUCGAUGCUCACCACGAGGCUCACCUCGAUGCUCACCGCCUGAGAGUCGCGUUAGCGCGUUGCCGACUCAACCUUAUCCGGAAUCUGGUCCAACUAUUGACUCUGAAGAUGAGGAGCGGCGGUCGCUGCUUCAACUGUACGUUCUUGUCGCACGCUGUAUUGCGUAUCCGUUUGCGAACAGGCAAAAUGCUGAUAAGCUUCCUGUUCACGGUGUUCGAGCAACUGAGGCGACUUUGAAACAAUUGAGAGAGCGUUUUCAGUCUUUUUUGGAAGGGAGAACGAGGCUGGGUGGAAAUGUUGACGUUGCUAUUCAGGAGGCCAUGCGUAUAUAUCACGAAACUGUGUUGAUGAGCUCCGACGUGGCCGGUUUGAUUAGAGCAGGUGGCUGGAAGGUCGAAAACUUCACAGGAGUGUUUCGAGCUAUGCUACCCAGAAUGCUGUCCAACUUAGAACUCGAUGAGUCCACAGAGACUCGUGUCACAACGGUUUGGUUGCAAAGAUUCAGCGCUAUAUGUCGUACAGAGCCAGGAUUGAGCCAUCAGGAUGCAAGUAGCAGCUGCAUCAGUGUCGGACCUUCGUGUGAGAUGGUGCUCACUCCAGAACAGCUUUACGAAGUAUUUCAGUCGGUGUUAAGAGUGAAGAGGUUUGAACAUCAGAUUCUUUUCAACCAGUGUCAGCUUGGGAACAAAGAUGAACAGGCUUCUUUGCUAGGAAGAGAACUUCGUUGUCGAGAGAAAAUGGCAGAGGCAGUGCUGCCAAAAAGUCAGCAGCCAGUGUUUGUUAACAGUGCAAUGUCUACUAUGUAUCUGAAAGAGGAGCAAGUGGCAGUUCAAAGGUUGCUUAAACAGCUAGAUUUUAUGUCAGUACAGGGAUCGUCGAGGAUUGGAACUGCCAUUGGUAGAGUUCGGAAGUCUCCAAGAAAUAAUAGAGGGGCAUUGUCCUCACAGUGUGAUCUGGACGCAAUUAGAUCAGAUAUUGUGAUGCCAUUUAAUGUGGAAGUGCUUGUUAUGGAAGCUCGAGGACUACAGACGCUUGGCUUGUCUCCUAAGAGACUUGUUUAUGCUGUGAUGAAGGUUGAUGGCUGUCAUGAAAAGAUGAUGACCGACAGAGUGGAAUCCGAUCAUCUUUUUUGGGAAACUCAAGGUGACUUUGCUACAACUGUACCUCGUCCUCAUGUUCGUAUCGACAUCUAUGCUGAAAGCAACAGUUUUCUUGAGCUGGAAGACAAGCGUUUGGGAAAGCUGAUUUUGCAUCUAAACUCAGUUCAGCCUACACCAUUGGAUUGGUAUCCAGUGGAGUGUCAUGGUCACAACGUACGAAACCCUCCUGUUGAAGUGAGGGCACAGGUGAAGAUUGAUAGACCUGAUUCGAUGAAGAAAUUUGGGUUUCUGUAUGUCAAAGGAACCAACUGUUGGAAGAAAUUGAAAUGCAGAUAUCUUGUCCUUGUACAGAUGACGGCUCGCUCAUUUGCUUUGUGCAGUUUUGAAGAGCGUCAGAGCUCUCCGACGCAUAUUGUUGUCGUGGAAGGCUACACUGUGGAUUACUGCGAGCCCCAAUACAUUGGAGGCUCAGAGGAUUCCAAUAAGUACAUCUAUCAGUUUAUGGCUGAGAAGGAAGGCGACCAGAUCUUGUUUGGGUGUCAGGAAGAACGAGAUCGGCAGUCAUGGGUGAUGGCUCUAUAUCGUGCAACCGGUCAAAACCAUAAACCCGAACCAGUUCUUAGACAGUCAAAUGACAGCAGAGGCAGUAAUGUUCACACGGAAACGGUUAUUCGACGAAUAGGACUAGACGAUUUCUUACUCGCUGAUGUUGGAAAAUUUGACCAUCAAGCUCUCUUUGCGAAGCUCCAAAUGAUGACACUAAGUUAUCGACUAAGUGAAAGCUCAGCAAAUAUGGGUUGGUUGUCGCCGGGGCAAACGUACGUGCUGGAGGAGUAUUGUUCACGAUAUGGAGUUCGAAUGUCGUACUACCACUUGUGUCUGCUCCAGGAGCAACUCGACAGGGCAUGGCAUGGUACGUUCAUCGAUCCCGGUCUUAUGCACUUUUGCUAUACUUACGUCGAUGCACAUCUUCGUGGAUUAAAGCCUGAUGGUUUCACGGGCAGCGUUUUGCUCGAAGAGAAGCAGUGGUUUGAGCGGCUAAGAGACAACUUGCGGGCUUUUAUGUUGAGAAACCUAAGGACUUUUCGUUCUUACUUUCCAUUUGGAUACCCAGAGAAUGCCCUGAAAAGCACUCUGUCGAUGCUAGAGAAGAUAACGAUAACGGAUACGUUGUCUAGCGAAAUGCACGCAAGUCUGAAAGCUGAAAUUUAUUCGUGUAUGAAGACUGCAGCAUUGAAUUGCUUCAAUAGCAUAUCAUCUCUAGCUGCACAGAAACUGGGAGAAUGGAUGGUACAAGAACAGUCUAAUAAUGAUGGCGAUGAUGAUAGGGACGACGUCGACCAAGACAGUAUCGUGCAAGUCGACAUUGACGUGCACAGCAUGGAUUACGUCGUCGUUCUGGGACAACUGAGCAUCGAGCUAUGUCAAGAAAUCGAAGACUUUCAUGGAGACGCAUUCAAGCGGUUCAGAGACUCGAUGUGGUGCUGCAUCGAGACGAUAUGGGAGUUAUACUAUUACGACAUGCAAGCAGCAGUCAAUGCACAACCUCGUUACAGCUACGACGUUUUUCGUCUUUUCUAUCGCCUCAACGCUUUCUUCACCAGCCACAAAUAUUUGUGCGAUAAGAACUUUCACCGGCUGCUUCACGAGCUCUACCUUCCCCGUGUCGUCGACUACGUCAACCAUCUUGAAAUGGAUAUAAAUCACUAUCUGAAAUACGAUCUUCGAAAUGAAAAGUGGCAACCUCCUGAAGGAGGGCAGCCGAAUGUGAGAGCGUUUGAGAACUUGCUUCAGCGGUUAGAAACAAUGACAACGUUUUUGGCACAACUGCAGUGGUCGGAACCAGAUUUCCGUGAUCAUCUUGAAAUGAGAGCGAAGAGAAUGACCCAGGAUUGUAUGGAGUCGUUUGCUCAAAGGACACACCUGCUUUUUUGUGGAUGUUUUCAGACGAAAGUGUCUGAAGGCAGUUUUCAGUACGUUGUACCUAUGCAGCCGUGUGUCAUGCUCAAUGUGGUCUGUGCUUUGGAACUCAGAUUGAAAGAGGUACACACUACUGUUACGUCGCCUUCGUGUACAGCUGUUGCAUCUGAUUCUGUCGAAACGAAUUCUGAGUCUACGACAUAUAGAGAAGAUGUCGGCGAAGUUGUCAUUGAGAUAAAAGAGAAAAUGAUUGCCAAGCUUAUAAUCAAGUUGACUGUCACUCUCGAAUCUCUUUUGUCAAAGCUAGCGAGAUAUGAUCCGGGAUCAGUGCUGUCAUCACUUCGAAGCCUUGUGGCUCCCAAAUUGGACGUGAUUAAAUUGUUUGUGCAUUAUGUCAGUUGCAAUUUGACCGAAGUUGAUAGUUUGUUGUUUGCCGAUCGUCAACAGUUCAAGCUGGCUUGGUACAAUGUUAUGUGCAAAAAAGUCUUGGAUUUUGUCAACAAACGCUCUGGAUCUCUGGUAUUGCAGCAGAUAACGUUCAUAGGAGAACUACUAGAGCAAUUAUUGCAUUGUUUCUUGGAAUAUGGAUUUAUUGAACAAGAUUUGAAGACUCAAUUCUACACCAUGGUGGUCGAUCGCAUUCAGUAUGAAGUAUCUGCCGGAGAUCUACUCAGUGCAGUCAACAAGGAAAGAGCAGAGAGAGACACAUAGGGCAGGUGACGUUUGCUUGAUUGUUGAUCGGUCCAAUGGGUUUGGGAAUGCUGUGUGUAGUGUACACUUUUGAUAGGGUGUCAAAUUUCAGAGGUUUAUAAGUGUUUAAUACUGAUGAUGUCAGUGUGUAGACAAUUUUGAAUUAGCAGAUGUAGGUUAUGAAAUUAUAUUGCAAGAACCAA